UGUAUAGUGAAAUACGUUUGUUUUCUAUUAGGACAUAAUUUAAAAUUAAAAAAUUAGUUGACAGUGACAGCCGGGUUUCUUCUCUUGUUGUUUAUUUAUUUAAGAAAAAUAAUUCCUAUUGUGAAAAAAAGGACAUGGAAGAUUGGGAAUCAGACACCAUUGUAGAACAAUGGAUACGAGAAAAUGAUGACACAUUUAUGUCAAUACCGACUAUAGAAUCCAGCCCUCAUCUCCUCAUAUCGAAAGUUCGUAAACAUUAUAUGGAAUAUCUAAUCAAGUUACUAUCUGUGAACUAUGAAAAUAACCAGAAAUUGCAAAAUAAAAACAUAUAUCUACCCAGUGCUAUUUGGAGAUGCGCUAAAAUGAUUGAAAUGUCUGCCGCUCAAGCUUCGAUGGUUGUUCAACUCUAUAGAAAAAGUAUUACAAAUGUUGUAAAAGAUUUAAAAAAGAAUACAAAUGAUGGUUUACUAUAUAAAAUGUUGAAUGAUUUUCUUCAUCAAGCACCUGAAAAUGAAAAGAAAACACAGGUAACUCUUGGCAUGACAAAGGAUUGUAAUUGUAAAUGUUCAUGUAACCAAAGAAACAUAAAGAAAAUCUUAGAUUCGCCAAAAAAUGUGUAUGGUAUUAAAAGUAAAUAUAUUCCUUUAAAAAAUCAAAUCAAUAAAAUGUCUAUAAGUGUUGAUCAAAAUUUUAUGCCAACCCCUGAUAAUUUAAUAUCACAAAUUAAAACAGAAACAUUAAUUGAUAUGAAAAGUGAUACAUCUCUACCAGAAAUAAGUGAAAAAAUAAAAAUGGAAAUGCAAAAUUCAGAUGAAUUAAUGCAACAACUUGAAAAACUAUUUCAAGAAGAUCCAAAUGAUGAUGAUUUAUUUGAUGGAGCCCUUUGUGAAGCAAAUCAUUCAAAAGCCAUAGAAAAAAAUAAACUGAUAUCUCAUACAGAAAGCAUACCAGAAAUAGAUAAAAGCAUACAGAAUAUAUCAAUUUCACAAGAGUUAGAAACCAAGAAACCAAAGAAAAAGGGCUUGGAUGAACGACUGGAAUUAUUGAGUGGAGUGUUGGUAAAUAAUAUGCACUACCCUACUCAAGAUCCUGGAAGUAAUCAAAGUAGAAAAAGUCGGACAAGCAAAUGGUUAUGUGAAGAAUACUUCCAGAAGGUCAAACUUUUUGAAUUACUUGAUCAAAUUAGAGAUUGUGACCGAAAUAAACUUAUGCGUAUUAAAGAAAUGCUAAUAGAACUCUUUGGUGAAGACAGUGAUGAUGAAGGUGUAGUAUCACCUCUAGAAGAGAGUACAGAGUUUAUUGUAAGCUGUAAAGAAAGAAUAGCACCUUGGGUUGUUCAAAUAUUAACACCAUAUUAUGUCAAGGGUAGGAUUAGAGGAAAAACAUUAUUUAAGUCACUGGCCAAGCACUUAAUAAAGCUCAUAUACCAGUGCAGUAAAUAUCCAUAUGAAUAUGAAGUACAAAGUUUUGUUAAUGACUUUCUUAAUAGCCAUAAGAUGAUCCGUUGUGAAGCUGACUUUAAACAGUUUAAAAUAGAAAAUGUUUAACUUUCCAUUCAAAGGUGCCUUAUAAAAAUAUGUUACAAAAUUUAUUGUUAUAAUUAUGGUGUUCAUAUUUCAAAUUAAUUUUAGGUACACUUAAUAUAAGUAAUAAUUUAAGACAAUGAUAUGAAAGUAAAUCUAUAUUACCAAAAAAAUCUUGAUAGUAUAUAAAUGUCAUUACAGACCAGUUGUUACUCAAAUAUGUUAAUUUUAUGAUGAAACAGCAAUGGAUUUACCAGCAAGCUAUUAGUGAUAGGGCUUUAUGUCUGGGUAGGUACCACCCAUUUAUAUAUUCUAAUGCCACAUAAAUAACAAAAUUUAGCCUAUACAUGGAAAAUCCAUCACCAUGAUGAAAAUUAUUUUUAAAAGCAAUAUUAUCAUGUGUCUUCAUAAUUAGCGGUAGAUACACUAAGACAUUGCUUUUCAAUUUAACAAUAGUUUAUAGUUAACUAAUUAACCAAUAAUGCAUAAUUAUGCAGCAGUGGAUGUCUCUAAGUUGUCCUCCAGCACCAACCAUUGGCAAAACUAAUAAAUGAGCAUUGUUUAAAACUACAUUGUGUUAUAAUAGCAAGCUAAAUUUGGUAAAAAUAAUAUGUGACUUUUGACUAAAAAGUAAAUAUUAUAACAACAUCAACAUUCAUGCAAAGUCAAUUUAUUUGAUUAAAAAAUUAAACAGUUUAGCUUUUA